AUGCUCGUCCUCUCCUUCCUCUUUGCAGCCCUCUGCGGCCUCUUUGCCGUCAGCUCAGCACACAACAUCCAGCUGAAGGCGCACUCGCGCGAAUGCUUCCACGAGGAGCUGCACUCGGACGACAGAAUGACCGUCACCUUCCAGGUCGGCGAUCGCGAGUUUGGUGGUAGCGGAAACCUCGACAUUGACUUCUGGAUUCAAAACCCAGCCAACGCAUACCAAGUCCACGAGCGCUCCGUCAGCAGCGGCGACCACAGCUUCACCGCCGGAAUGGAUGGUCGCUACCUCUACUGCUUCAGCAACGAGCACUGGUCCGCAAACACAAAGGAAGUCAGCUUCAACGUCCACGGCAUCGUCUACGUUCCCGAGAGCGAGGCCCCUCAAGAUCCUCUGGAGAAGGAAGUCAAGAUUCUGGCAGAGAUGCUGGAGCAAGUCAAGGAUGAGCAAGGCUACAUUGUCGUCCGCGAACGCACCCACCGCAACACUGCAGAGAGCACAAACGCCAGAGUCAAGUGGUGGAGCAUCUUCCAGCUCGGUGUCUUGAUUGGCGAGGGCAUCUUCCAGGUCUGGUGGCUCAAGCGUUUCUUCGAGGUACGCUCAUAG